CAGAGCAGUACUGCUCCUGAAAUAGAACAAUCCGAAAAUGACCGCAGAACCCGGGGCGUACUCUUGCAAGUCGCCACGGGCGAGGGGAAAACGGAACUGCUAGCGGGUGUCGCGGUCAUUAUGGCAGUAGUGUACGGGAAAAAAGUGGAUUCCAUGACUUCCUCCCCCGUCCUGGCAAAACGCGACGCGGAAAAAAACGCGAACAUCUACGAGCAAUUUGGUCUCCGCGUCGCCGCGAACACACAGGACAACCAGGAAAAAACUGGCGACGGGGGAAAGUCCUCAACCCAGCGGGCCUGCUAUUAUCCUAUGUAAAAACGCCCCUACCCCACAGUUGUCAUGCAAAAACGCAUGCUCGAAAUUUUUCUCAUGCGGAUCCCCAUGAGAGACAUUUUCUCAUGCUAUCUGGAAGCUUGUGAUGCUGGAAUCAGAAUAAGGUAGUCGAUUUGUCAUGCGGCUGCACUACCUCAAACAGCACUAGAAUACGCGUUUAAACUUGUCAUGCGAAACAGCCAAAAUUUGUUGAUUUGUGUAGCAAAGUCACCAUCUGGACUCUGGUGUGGGGACGUUUUUACUCAGGAUAGCUAUUUAAGUGACGUCACGGUUGGCGACCCGGCGGACUUUAUGUUCGACGCGCUGAAGUCCGAAUGGUACGCCGACAACACAACCGGAAGUCGG